GGCAGUGAUUAUGAGCAAUGAGAGCUUUCACAGGCAACAAGAAGGCUGACCUUUCUCCCCUUGGGGAUUUGUAAAGGGCCAAGAAAAACAGGCCUGAGCAAAACCAGGUCAGAAAACCAUGGCUUCUGAUGCUAGUCACAUGCUUGAAGCUGCUCUGGAACAAAUGGAUGAUAUUAUUGCAGGUACUAAGGCGGCUGCAGAAUAUACAAAUGGCGUCUAUGAUAUUGUGUCACCGGCUCAGUCUAUGUACUUUGGCACACUCCAAAUCCUGCACCUGUUGGAAGACCUGAAGAUGGCAUUAGAGAUGCUCAAGGAUCCUCAAGAGAGAGAGGCUUUAAGGAAUCAGAUCCCAGGGACUACUGCAGCAUGUAUACGUGCCUGGCUAGAGGAAAAUCUGUCUCAGGUGAAUCAUCCUGCUUCUGUCAGUAAUGAAACCUAUCAAGAACGUCUGUCAAGAUUAGAAGGUGACAAAGAAUCUCUCAUAUUACAGUUAAGUGUUCUCACAGACCAGGUGGAGGCCCAGGGAGAAAAAAUCCGAGACCUUGAAGUUUGUCUCGAAGGACACCAACUAAAGCUUAAUGCCACGGAAGAAAUGCUUCAACAGGAGCUGCUGAGUCGAACGUUGCUGGAAACCCAGAAAUUGGACCUAAUGGCAGAAGUUUCAGACCUGAAGAUUAAGCUGGUUGGGAUGGAAAAGGAACAAAGCGAGUAUGAAGAGAAGCAGAGCAAAGCCGAGUCAGUAGUAAACCUGAUCAGUGAACUGCAAGAACAGAUGUGUAGACUGCAGUUGGAGAUUAAUAGUAAAAUCCAAGAAAGAAAGUCUCAAGAUAGGAAGCCAGACAUGGCAACAAUCGGCCCUCAAGACAGCACUGAAUCAAUGACAGAGACCCCUGCUCAGAAGAAUUGCUCUUGGUGUGAUAGUUUAUUACAGGAACUGAAACACCUAAAAAUUAAAGUUGAAGAACUGGAAAAUGAAAGGAGUCAGUAUGAAUGGAAACUGAAAGCAACUAAAGCUGAAAUAGCACAGCUGCAGGAACAGCUGGCUCUGAAAGACUCGGAGAUCGAACGAUUACAAAGUCAGAUCUCAAGGACGUCAGUAAAUCAUGAAAUUGCAGAAAGAGAGGAAGUAUAUAGGCGAAGGCUAAAAGAAAAACAUCAAGAGGUCCAACGUUUGAAAAUGGGAAUGGAAUCAUUAUUAGCUGAAAAUGAAAAAAAGGACCGCCGGAUAGAAGAGUUAACCGUUUUGCUAAGCCAGUACCGACGGGUGAAAGAGAUAAUGAUAGCGGUCCAAGGAACGUCAGAAAGAGCUUUGACUGGUUGCAGCGAAGAUGAUCUUGAGGCAACUUUAAGAAAGUGGAACCCCCUGAGUAAGACCCCCAUCGAACUAUAUAAGCCUGAGGCACCUCCAGGGGAAUUGACCCAUCCGAUGUUGCUGCCUCCACCUCAAAAAUUACUGGAAAUCAGAGGAAGCUCUCCAGUUCCUUCAAAUGCCCUACUUUCUACAAAUGGGGAAAGCUUGGAACUCCGAAACAGGGUCUUUCAGAAAAAAAUAUCAAGUAGUCUAGAAGACUUGCAAAGUGACUCUUUGGAAAAGCAUGUAGAGGAGAAGCCAGUAGAACGUGAUGUAGAACAAGAGGAGAACAAAUCACAUGUGAAAAGCAGCAAGUACCAGACUUUGCCCGGGAAGCUUCUUCGCCCUGCACACAACGGUGACAGUACGCCUGCUUCCCCAGAGGCAUGCCGCAUGAAUGGCAACGAGGACAACAGCAUACAGAGCCUCAAUCGCAUCAGGAGUGUCAGUGCACCAGUAUUAGGAGAUUCUGAGAAUAUGGACGGUACAAUGACUUCAGAUGAUCUUUCACCCUUGUCAUCUGGAACAGAAUCAGGUGCACAGUCUCCACUAUCUCCAGAAAAUAAAAAAAGUCCAAAAGGAAUAAAGAAAAUAUGGGGAAAAAUACGCAGGACCCAGUCUGGCAAUUUCCCAGGAGAUGAUCUGGGCUUGGUUGAGUUUCGGAGAGGUGGCCUCCGCGCAACAGCUGGACCUAGAUUGUCUCGGUCAAAGGAAACCAAGGGACAGAAGAAUGAUCAUAAUGCCCCCUUUGCCCAGUGGGGCAAUGAACGAGUUUGUAACUGGCUUGAGGACUUGGGUCUUGGUCAGUAUGUAAUUUUUGCACGCCAGUGGAUAACAUCCGGCCACACGCUUUUAACAGCAACACCACAGGAUAUGGAAAAGGAGCUCGGCAUAAAGCAGCCUCUGCACAGGAAGAAAUUGGUUUUGGCUGUUAAAGCUAUAAACACCAAACAAGAUGAUAAAUCUGCACAGCUGGAUCAUCUCUGGGUGACACGGUGGCUGGAUGACAUAGGUCUACCUCAGUACAAAGACCAGUUUCACGAAUCCAGAGUAGACGGCAGAAUGCUGCAAUAUCUGACAGUGAAUGACCUCCUGUUCCUCAAGGUCACCAGCCAGCUGCAUCAUCUCAGUAUAAAGUGUGCCAUUCAUGUGCUGCAUGUGAAUAGUUUCAACCCUCACUGUCUGCGGAGGAGGCCAGCAGAUGAGAAUAACAUUUCACCAUCUGAAGUAGUUCAGUGGUCCAAUCACAGAGUGAUGGAGUGGCUCAGAUCAGUAGAUCUGGCAGAAUAUGCACCCAACCUUCGAGGGAGUGGAGUUCAUGGUGGCCUCAUUAUCCUUGAACCUCGUUUCAAUGGUGACACUCUGGCAAUGCUUCUCAACAUUCCUUCUCAAAAGACUCUGCUAAGGCGCCACCUAACCACUAACUUCAGUGCGCUCAUUGGACCAGAGGCACAGCAAGAGAAGCAGGAAAUAACGGAAUCUACUGCUUACACACCUCUGACUACCACUGCUAAAGUCCGGCCAAAGAAACUUGGAUUUUCACAUUUCGGAAACUUGAGAAAAAAGAAAUUUGAUGAAUCUACAGAUUACAUUUGUCCUAUGGAUCCAAGUCCAAAUACAACCAAUGGGACUCAGAAGAGCUACGGUGCAUACAAAGUACAUAACGUGCUCCCUGACAAAGAAUUAGAUAAACUGGAUCAGAUGGAACAUUCUGAAGGGACAGUAAUGCAAAUAGGGGAACUUUCUCAAGGAAUAAACAACCUCACGACUAUGUUAAGCCAAGAUCAGAUGCUGAACGAUGAUAGAUUUUUAACGCCAACUUUUGACGAGUGGAGAUGAAGAUUCCAUAUGACCAACGCCACUCUUAAUACCUUGACUGAUAUUUCAAGAAAUGGCUGAUGCUGGCUGGGUGCUAUAUUUAAGAUUUUGCCACUGAAACGUAAAGACUUAAAUGCUUUCUCUCAAGUACCAUGUAGGGAUUAAAAGAAACACUCCAUAGUCUGGGUACUUUUAACACCUGCUUUCAAAGAAUCUAUGCAACACUUCUAAAAAUAGUGGGGAAAUCAGGGUAUGUGUGUGUGUGUGUAGAUAUAUAUAUUAAUCACAGUAAGCCAUUUUAGUGGUCAGUGAUUCAUUUUCUAUAUUUUGUAUUUCUGAAGACUUGACUACAGUACAGACUCAUUAAUUUUCUAAGAUAUAAUUUCUUUAUGAAUGUGUGUGUCCCGUCCCCCCCCCCCCCAAUAUUCCAGAAGGAAUAAAAGAAGCAAUCUCCUUGGAUUAGUUAUUUACCAGUAGUGGUAAAGCUGCAAUUAGUAGCCAGAAACUCCCACCAGGAGAAGUAGUAAUUCCCAGCCUGCACUGUGUUAACUAUCCUUGCAUUUUGUUAUGAGUUAUGGUUCUGCUCUGCAGGGAAGAGAACCUCUGCCUAUGGAAGAUGGUUUGAUGCAGAGGUAGUCUUGAGGAGUAGGUGAGCUACAGGAGAUGCUUUUCAUUAAAUACUGUUAAGUGCUCCAGCCUCGUUCAGGAGAAAGGGCAACCAUGAAACCAUAUGCCCGAUGCCACCCUUUAGGAUCACAUUUGCAGUUCCUCUAUAAGGAAGAGAUAAUGGGACACCCGCAUCACACUCUAGUUUCAUUUUACAACUCAACUCAGGUUUCCUACGGCAGAAAGAUCCUACUCUAAAAGACAUUCCAAAAAUCCUGUUAUUUCAAUAAAAAUGCCACUCUGGUGUUUCUUUGCUGAAUUCAAUUCAAUCCAGCUGUGAGAACUGCGAAGUCCAGGCUGCCAACCCCUAUUUCAGAAGAAAUGGAUCAUCGAAAUCCUGUACCAGAGGAACACCCUAGCGCAGUGGUGGCGAACUUAUGGCACGGGUGCCAGAGGUGGCACUCAGAGCCCUCUCUGUGGGCACGUGUGCCAUCGCCC